CUAACAUAAUGUUCCUGAACUGAAGAGGCUUGGUUCAUUCCUACAACUGUGAAAAAAUGUUAACCAGUGAAAGAGCCUAUUUUUGUUCAGAAAGAAUUUCACAAAGCAUAUCUGAAGGAAAUUUGAUUGACAUGGAAGCCCGAAAAUCCUCAAAAAAUUGCAAUAUCACAGAAUGUCCAGACCCCAAUGUGCUUCUCGAGUGGCCAGAUGCUUUCACACUUCAUGGCAAUCAUGUUUCCAAAGGUACAAAUCCAUUCUGGAACGAACUGUCUGCUUCUAACCCAUUUUUGGAUGAUAUAACUCAGCUAAGAAAUAACCAGAAGAAAGAUAAUAUUUCCAUCUUGAAGGAAGAUCCUUUUCUUCUCUUUAGAGAAAUAGAAACUGGAAAUUCUCUUGAUUCCUCUGGUGAUGAACUUGAUGUGCAUCAAUUGCUUAGGCAGCCUUCUUUAAGGAAAUCAGCAAGAUCUAAAAGUGUUUCAGAACUUUUGGACGUUUUAGAUGACACAGCACAUGCCCAUCAGAAUAUACGUAACUCUGACCAGAUCCUAGAACAAGAUUUGGAAUGGCUUCGAAAUGAUCGAGAGGCCUAUAAAAUGGCUUGGUUAAGUCAACGCCAGCUGGCCCGCUCCUGCCUGGAUUUGAAUACAAUUAAUCAGAGUCCUGGAUGGGCGCAAACGCAAGCUAUGGAGACUGUGAUCGUUUGUAAAUUAAACCACCAAGGAGGGUCAGUACAAUUACCUGAAUCAGAUAUUACUGUGCAUGUGCCCAAAGGUCAUGUAGCUGAGGGAGAAUUCCAAGAGGUAUCUCUAAGGGUUUUUCUUGAUCCUCCACAAACACUUAAUCAUGAUCUUUCAUGCACUGUAAGCCCACUGCUGGAAAUCAUGUUAGGCAACCUUAACACAAUGGAAGCCAUCUUGCUGGAGAUGAAGAUUGGGGCUGAAGUGAGAAAGGAUCCUUUCAGCCAAGUCAUGACAGAAAUGGUGUGUUUACACAGCCUGAGUAAAGAAGGCCCUUUCAACGUGUUAAACAACUGCUACAUUUAUGAAGACACCAUCCAAGUCAAGCUAAUAGAUUUGAGUCAGGUGAUGUAUCUAGUGGUUGCUGCACAAGCUAAAGCUACUCAGUCACCAGCUGCCACCGUCUGGGAUUAUAUCCACAAAACCACCUCGAUUGGAAUCUAUGGGCCCAAAUAUAUCCAUCCCAGGUUCACUACUGUUUUCACAGUUUGUGGACACAGUUAUAUGCCAGGAAAGCUUACAAUCUCUGAUAUUAAGAAGGGCGGAAAAAACACAUCUCCAGUUGUGUUUCAGCUCUGGGGGAAGCAUUCAUUCUUACUUGACAAGCCACAAGAUUUAAGUAUUUCUGUUUUUUCAUGUGAUCCUGAUUUUGAAGUAAAGGCAGAAGGAGAAAGAAAAGAAAUUAAACUAAAGCAGUUGCAAGCAAGUCAAGUAGUUCAUCAACAAUUUCUAUUUUCUUUAGUUGCUUCCAGAGAAAUGCAUUUGUUUGUUUUCCGUGUUCAGUUGCAGCCUCCCAGUGGUAAACCAGUUACACAGUUCUUUAUUACAACACCUGAUUCAGCCCCAAACCUUAAAAGACACUCAAAUCUGCCAGGUGAUUUGCAGGAGAAGGACAUGAAGUCUGCUCCUUCAUUACCAAUAGUGCAUGUUAAAUAUCCCACAUUUCAAGACAAAAAAUUGAACUUUACCAAUUAUGGAGUAACUCUGAAGACAGUGCUAAGACAAAACAAAAUUGACUACUUACUUGAAUAUUUCAAAGGGGACACAAUAGCUCUUCUUGGAGAAGGUAAGGUAAAAGCCAUUGGGCAUUCCAAAGUAAAAGAAUGGUACGUGGGAAUCCUGAGAGGUAAGAUUGGACUUGUACAUUGCAAAAAUGUCAAGAUGAUUUCAAAUGAACAAGUAAUAUCAAUGGCAGAUAGUGUCUUCACAACCAGGAACCUUCUUGAGCAAAUUGUCCUGCCCUUUAAAAAAUUGACUUAUAUCUACUCAGUUGUAUUGACCUUGGUGACAGAAAAAGUUUACGAUUGGAAAGUUUUAGCUGAUGUUCUGGGUUACUCACAUCUGACACUGCAAGAUUUUGAUCAAAAACAAGCAGAUAAAGAAUCAGAAAAAGUUUCUUAUGUUUUAAAGAAGUUAAAGGAAGAUUGUCAUGCAGACAGGAAUACCAGAAAGUUUCUUUAUGAACUUGUGGUGGCUCUGCUGAAGAUGGAUUGCCAAGGGUUAGUAGUGCGUAUCAUCCAAGAGGCUGCUAUUCUGACCUCAGCUGUCAAACUGGGAAAAGGCUGGAGGGAUCUAGCUCAAAAGCUAGUCCGACUCACAAAGCAUCAGAUGGAGGCAUAUGAAAUUCCUCACCGCGGGAAAGCUGGAAAUGUUGCUGUUGAGAUGAUGUGGAAACCUGCUUAUGAUUUUCUCUAUACUUGGGGUGCUCACUACGGAAAUAGCUACAGAGAUGUGUUACAAGACCUUCAGUCAGCUUUGGACACAAUGAAAAACCCUGUGACCAAGCAGUGGCGAGACUUAACUGGAGUUUUAUUGCUGGUGCAUUCUUUAGAGGCGCUGAGAGAGGCUGCCUUCCCCACUUCCGAGGAAGUGUAGACCAGGGAGGGCAUGUUUGCUGGAGGAGGGAGAACGGUAGGGGCAGCAUGUGUGUGCAAGAAAGUGCUGAGGAAAACAUUACCUACUUCUUUCAUAUUUUCCACGUGAAAGCACAGCAGAAUCCAAAAUCCAAAAUGGGCUUUAUAAUCAGACAUGUAUUUCUGUAAAUAUUUCAGUGCCAACAUUGGGCUGCUUUAUUGUUGAGAAUGGAAAGAAAAACGUUCUCUUCCUUACAAAGUUACUUUUAACAUUUUUAAGUUAAAUCAAAUGACUAUUCACAUCAUUACAUCACACAGAUACCCAGAUAAACUAGAAGCUCUCGGUGUGAACAGUGGAGUUUUGCUAGGAGCCAGACAGGGAGAGAGGAGCCGCAAACUCACACCUUGUGCGCAGGGCUGCAGGCUUCCCGUAUUGAUCUCAUCUCUGUGCACUUUGCCAGCAUUGUUCCCCUUUGCGCGUGAAGACACUAGGAACCGGAGAAGAUGCUCAGGGUCAUAACAGCUAGUGUGAAGCAGGUGUCCUCUCUGCAAAACCUGGUUCUAUUUCUUAAAAGUCCAGAGUGCAUAGUAAAAUAGUAAAAAUAUAAAAAUGCGUAUUAAAACGUACAGGGAAAUGGUAGCUAUUUCAUUUCAUUGAAGCUCACUGCUUUUGUCCGCCAUCGCUUGAAAGACUGCCAAAUGGAAUGUGUGACUUACCAGAGAUCCGUUGCCUGACAAACACGGACUGGAGUUUUCACCAUCUUCCUCUGGCAUCUUGGGACCCAGCUAACCCUGGACGUUUCCUCGGGAUCAUAAUGUGGAAUAGUUCGUUAAC